GGAAGUUCCGGUUUUGCGUCAACAAAUUAUAAACAAAGUUGGCGGUAAAGAUGGAGCCCGUAGAGGCGAGAGAAGCUGCGCCCAGCGGUGAAACAAACGAGGAGUACAGAGUGCAAGUUACGUCGAAGAAACAAGUAACAGAGCAGAUAAAUAAACAUAAAGAAACUCUGCGGGAGCUUCUGGACCGACAGCCGGACGUCGACGAGGAGACGAAGCGGCUGUUAGUGCAGGAGCUGCAGGCGAACUUUGAGGCAGCUGUUCAAGAGAACGUGUUGGUGAACGGAAAACCUUGGGAGGAAGCACCCGAUGAUGAAGAGAGCGAGGCUGUUGACCUGGAGCGCCUGCUUGAUGACACCAUCGUUGAGACCACUAGGAGGCGCCGUACGUACCCGAGAAAGAUCCUGCCCCAUGUUAUCCACUCCCUGAAAGCUGAGAGGAAAAUCAUGGGUCUGUACGAGCAGACAGUCCAACCUCAGGAGAUGGUCAGAGAUCCUGAACAAGAGAGCAUCAUGAACGAUCUGUCAGCAGCAGCUCCUGUGAUGGUGAAACAGGCCAUCCAGGUCAUAAAGUCCAUCAACACCCUGCAGAAACAAGCCGAAGGCCUCUGUGAGAUCCUCAACAUGAAACCGAGUCACGCCUCGAUGGAAAUCCACAGAGAAGUAUUUGGAUCUAACGGCCAAUCAGACGCUGCCCCGCUUCCUGUGAACGGAGGGACAGGGAGCAGGCAGCCAAUAAAGAGAGCCGUGGAGGAAGCAGCAGAGGCAAACUGUUACGUGCCGCUCAGUAAGAAAUCUGCGGCAGAAGAAAAGCCAGAGUGACAAAUCCUGCCGCCCUUAUCCCAGAACAAUGGUGAUGGCGUGAUGUCAUGGACUAAUUGGGUUUCUUUUUUCUCCUCACUGUUUUGUCUAUAAACCCUUUAAAACAUACAAAACAGGGAUUAAAAUGACAUUACUUUUGGGAUUAAUCAUCAAACAUGUAGUUACUGAUCUGUGACUCAUUAUGGACAUGAAAAAAAACCAAUAUUAAAGAUUAAAACUUGUAAAUAAAAAUAACUGUUGUCCCCAGCAACCUCUACAGUUCUAAGACCGGAGUCCUUAAAGGUAUGAUGUCCAACAUUCAGAGCAGAUGAUUUAAAACAAAGCUGCCUCUUCAGCGCAACACUUCCCCUCAUCUCCCACCCCUACCUUAGUGAUCCGACAGAGUGCAGCCGUUUCUAUUGUUACGCCUCCACCAGAGUGCGACCCACAAAUUCACCCGAUCAAACAAAUCAAACACCUUACAAUAAGUAAAACUUACUUACAAUAUUGAAGUAAAAAAUAAAACCUAAAAUCCUUGACUGAGCAGCACAACUCCAAAAGCUUUCCCUCCUCCUGAACUCUGCUCUGGGUUGUUGUUUUUUAAGAUUUAUUUUUGUGCCCUUAUUGAAGAGAUAGGACAGUGGAUAGAGUCGGAAAUCAGG